AUGGGUUCCCAAGCAUCCAAACCCGCCGUCGACGCCUCCAACGAAAAGGCCCUCCUCGAGCGCCUCCGCCGCUUCCAAGUAACCGACGACGACUUCGUCAACGUCGCCUCCAGCAGCAGCGAUGACGAGAAGCGAGACAUCAGACUCGUCCGCGAGCCAGAGGGCCUGCCCGUCCAACAAACGCAGUCCUGGCAGUCGAGGUUCCUCGCCGACCCAAAGAACAAACUCGCCCUCACGGCCCUGAGCACAGCAGACCCCCGCACAGUCCUAACCUCAACAGCAACCAAGCUCGCCGACCCCCAAAUCUUCAACACCCGCAUCCCCUUUGAAGGCGGUCCCAUCACGAACCAGCGCUCCUCGGGCCGCUGCUGGCUCUUCGCCUCCACGAACGUCUUCCGCGUCGCCCUCAUGCGCCGCUACGCCCUCGACUCGUUCGAGCUCUCCCAGUCCUACCUCUUCUUCUGGGACAAGCUCGAGAAGAGCAACUACUUUCUCGAGCAGAUCAUCGACACCGCCGCCGCCGGCGAAGACCUCGACGGACGCCUCGUCCAGGCUCUGCUGGGUGACAUCGUGAGCGACGGCGGGCAGUGGGACAUGGUCUACAACCUCGUCCAGAAGUACGGCCUCGUCCCGCAGGCGCUGUACCCGGACUCGUGGAACGCCAUGAACUCUGGCGUGCUCAACUCCAUCGUCAAGACGAAGCUCCGCGAAUACGCCCUCGUCCUCCGCAAGCUCGUCCAAUCCUCCCCGUCAACCACAGCAGAGACCCUCACGGCGACAAAAGAGAAAAUGAUGCGCGAGAUCCUCUCCAUCCUCACCCUCGCCCUCGGCCCGCCCCCCAACCCCCGCGACGAAUUCACCUGGACCUACCUCGACAAAUCCUCCAAACCGCACACCCUCAAAACAACGCCCCAGGCCUUCGCCCGCGACAUCUACUCUCCCGAUCUACGCAUCACCUCCUCCGUAAUCGACUCCAUGGUCUCCCUCGUCCACGACCCGCGCCACGAACCCCUCACCCUCCUGACCGUCGACCGCCUCGGCAACAUCGUAGGCGGCCGCGGCGUAACCUACGUAAACGUCUCCAUGCCCACCCUCAAAUCCGCCUGCGUAGCCAUGAUCAAAGCAGGCCUCCCCGUAUUCUUCGGCUCCGACGUCGGGAAGUUCAGCAACUCCGCCGCGGGGGUGAUGGACCUCGACCUCAUCGACUACGAGCUCGGCUUCAACGUCUCCCUGCUGGGCAUGGAUAAGGCCAGCCGCCUCCGGACGGGCGAGAGCGCCAUGACGCACGCCAUGGUCCUGACUGCCGUGCACAUCGACGAGGAGACCGGCGAGAGCGUGCGGUGGAGGGUGCAGAAUAGCUGGGGCGAGAGCGCGGGCGAUAAGGGAUGGUUCGUCAUGAGCGACGCGUGGAUGGAUGAGUUUGUCUACCAGGCUGUUGUUGAUCCGCGGUUCCUGAGCAAGGAGGUCCGCGGGGUUAUUGGGACUGAGCCGACUGUGCUGCCGCUGUGGGAUCCCAUGGGAAGUUUGGCGUAG